AUGGGAAUGCAGAAAGCUGAUGUGUACUGGAGGCAGAAGACACAGCUGGUGCGAGAUUGGGGGCGGCAAAGAAGAUGGCAGCAGGCUGCCGCCCUUUUCCUUGCGGAGUGGGACACGGACCAGCUACCCGACCUCCGUGCCUGCAACGCUUGUGCUCAGACCUUUGCCUGCAGUGGUCGCUGGGAGGAGAUCAUUCAGCUGUUCGCGUGCAUGGAUAGCGCCAGCUUGUCGCCUGAUGCGAUCACUGCAACGGCCGCAGUAGGUGCUCUCGGAAAAUCUGCGAGGUGGCAGUUGGCAUUCUGGCUUCUCGACGACCUGCAGCAGGGUCGCCUUGCCGCAGAUUCCUGGCUUCUGGCCGCAGCUUCGGCAGCUGCCGCAGCUUCCGGUGCAUGGGAGGCUUCCUUGAUUUUUAUCGACGAAAGUGCCGAAGUCGUUACGUACAGUUCAGUCAUCACCGCUUGCGAGCGAGGGGGUCAGUGGCAGCGAGCACUGCUCCUUUUCCAUCAGAUGAAGGUCGAGGGCGUGGAAGCAAAUGUCGUCACCUACAAUACUGCCAUGACUGCCUGCGAGAGGGGCAGUCAUUGGCCCGGCUCUUUGGAGCUGUUUGAUGAAAUGGAGGAGCACAAGCUCUUGCCCACCGUAGUGUCUUUUGGAGCUGCCAUCAAUGCUUGUGGCCAAGGGCAGUCGUGGGAGAGAGUCCUCGCCUUCCUCGCGAAGAUGCGAGACAGUGUAGGAGGCUGUCCGUGCUUCAUCGGAGAAGUUUUUUUCUUGCUGCGCUCCUUCCGUAGCACUAGACGAGGCAUCUUUGACGAGGCUGACGUUCGCGGGAAUCGUGUCAUUUACACCGGAUCCAUGGAUGCCUUGAGCUCUGCAAGUCAGUGGCAGCUGGCUCUGCUUCUCUGGGAUGAUCUCCGCAACGACCCUGGCAAUCAAAUUGAUGCCGCCUCUUUCAGCAUUGCCAUGGGUGCUUGGGCUUGCGGCACGCACUGGCAGCAGGCUCUAUCGCUGCUGCAUGUGCUGGAUACUCGCGGCGGGAUCGAUGCCGCAGCGCAGGUCUCGGCUCUGGGUGCGUUGGCAGCUGCUCAGCAGUGGGAGGUGUCGGUGUGCUUGCUGUGCAAUGCCGAGAAGUCGCCGGGGGCGGCGGUGGUAGCAGCUGCCGGGCUGAGUGCUGUAGCAGCCGCGCAGAGAUGGGAGGUGGUGCUGCGGCUACUGGAGGACGAGACACUCCAGUGUGCAGAUGAUGCCGUUGCAUACGGUGUGGCCAUGACAUGCUGUGGUAGCACAGGUAGAUGGGAAUGGUCUCUCGAGCUCCUCCGACGUCUCAAGGUGGCAAGCAUUCGGUCAAACAACGUGAUCUUCAAUGCGGCGAUCGCUAGCUGCGAUGCCAGCGCAGAGUGGCAGCGAGCGCUUUCAAUGCUGGAAGACAUGAG